AAUGCAAGGGAAAUGUCAGUUUGAUAAGGACCUUUUUUUUCUCAUUGCCACCUCCCCCCACCCACCCCCCCCUCCAUCAUCACCACCGCCACCACCACCACCACCACCACCACCUCCUUCCCCCAAACCCCCACCCACCCCACCCCCAUCUACUCCGGCUCAACAAAUUCAGCGGCAGCUAUGUCAUGUUCGGAGAAUUCCGCAUCUCGUUCGUUCUCAGUGAGUGCUUUAAUUUGCUCCGGCCAGACUCAACCUUACUGCCCCGGGGGUUAUUUGUCCCCUAGGACGGACCAGGGCUACGGUACCCAGAGCUGUCACCCAAAAGACGCCGGGAUGAGCCAACAACAAGGUCUAAGUCUGGUUCCACAUCAGUACGUGCCAGGCAUGGCGGGGUGGGCGACGCCACCUCCAUCGGGCCACACCGGCCGACUUCAACAGUUGGGUGCUUACUCCUUCCCGUCCGGCGUGAAGGAGGAGGCCAGUUAUUGUUUACUAGACGGGGACAAGCGCACGAAGGCGGCCGCGGAGGUCUCUGUGUACCCGAGAGCAGUCUCUGAAACGUGCGCCAGGGCCCCCGCUGUCCCGGUCUACUUCCGCUCGGAACCGAGCUACACGCCGAACAAACCGGCGGAUUACAGCCCCCCGCGGCCGGCCGCCGCUCCCUGUUCGGCCCCGUCCAGCGCCGCCUUCGCACAGCCCUUCGCCACGUCGUCCUCGUCGGAUGCAGGUGAAAGGCCCGUGAAAAUGCGCGGCUCAACCGACCCGGGGAAGCACACGGAGGGAAGAGGGUGUGACUUUGCACCCGAGGCGCCCACUUUAGAGUUUCCUGCCGCCGAACGAGCUCUCCACAAGAAACAGACCAAAGAAAGCCCGAAGGCCGAGAAUACGAUAAACUGGAUGACGGCAAAGGGGGGACGCAAGAAGCGUUGCCCCUACACCAAACAUCAGACGCUGGAGCUGGAGAAGGAGUUCCUGUUUAACAUGUACUUGACUCGAGAGCGCCGCCUGGAGAUCAGUCGGAGUGUGAACCUUACCGACAGACAGGUCAAAAUCUGGUUCCAGAACAGAAGAAUGAAGCUGAAAAAGAUGAGCCGGGAGCACAGAAUUCGGGAAUUAUCAACCGCAUUUCCCAUCUGACGAAGCCGUUGUGGUUUUCUUUUCUUUUUAAUUUAAGGACGAGACUGUGGAUGAUCUCGUUUUGGGAGUCCGAAUGCCACAACGAUAUUGAAGGUGGAGGUGGGGAAGGGGAGAGGGAAAGACCGGCGGGGGGGGGGGGGGUGGGUGAGGGGGUGGGGGUUGAAUCUGGGAGUCACUGGCAGGAAUUUGCAAGCUCCGGUCUCGUCACUAGGGCAACUUGGAGAGACGGGAAGAUGCGAGAAGGCGAGUUUGUAAUUUCAACAUAAUGGGGGGGGGGGGGGGGAAUAUGAACGGCGGCGGCUCCCUUUUACUGUAGAAGAGACCAUCACUUUUCAUCGGCUGACUUUGAGCCAUUUCUCAGAAGAUGACAAAAUAAAUUGAAGAGGCAAAAAAAGAGUUUUCGAUGCCAAAAGUACAUCUGGCUGGUCACAUAUAUAAAUAAUUGUUCUCUUUCGUGCAUAUAAACAAUUUCUAGUUAAUCCAUUAACAAACUUAUUAUUUUAAGGCAACUUCAGUUCAUUGAAGGACAACAGAGUGAUUUGAGCACAGCAUGCAGACACCUCAGAUGUUUAAUCUGCAUGGGUGCCUGGAGUGUUUUCAGUAUAUACGGCACACGGCGUCAAAAUGGGAAGAGCCAGAGGCGGGAGACAGUGCAGAGGAUUCGGUUCUUCACAUGAAAACUGGAGUAACUGUGCUUAAUCUGAUUGCAAGUUAAUCCUAUUUCAAGUAGGACGGACGAUUGAAUUACGUCAUGAACUACUUGGCAGUGCUGGCGCGGCUGUUCAUUGGGUCAUUAUUUUUGGCCUGCCGAGGGAGAUUUGUAGUAAUUCUCACGUGUGUUGUUUAAUAUUUCUUUAAGUUAUGCAGAAGGGCUGAUGGCAGAAGGAACCACUUUGCAGGCAAAGCGAGGGUCGCCGGUUGUUGAUGCAUUAUGAACAGAUAAACGUUUUUUUUCUCUCAUAUCCAUUUUCCCAAGUGCCAAACCUGAUUACUUCAGCAGCAGACGCAAAAUGGGUGAAGGGUCUUCUGCCAGAAACUUCGACUGUUUACUCUUUACUCCAGCGUUUUGUCCGUGUUGUUUUGGACGUCUGGCAUCGCAGACUUUCGCGUUUAAGUAUCCUGAGUUGCUUACUUCAGCCCAUUGCCCCAUCCGGGGCAAAGAACGCUGACGGCAAAUCGGCUGAGAGUCCCCUGCCCUGAGCAAAUCUUUAGAGCUGUCCCCAGGGCCAGUCCCCCUUCGAAGAUCCUUCCUCUCCCCAAGAUGAGAUCUCGGAAGAUUUCUAUUCAAUCAGGACACGCGGACUAGACAAAAGUAUUAAUUCAAUACAACGCUCGUUAGUACAACAGAAACAAGCAGCAGAUUGAACCCAACGUGACAAGUUUAAAAGCAUAUUACUUUAAUAUGCAUGUGCGUGCGUGUGUGUAUAUAUACUACACACAUAAAUAUAUGUUUUGUUUUUCUCUCUCUCUCUCUCGCCGUUUUCCUUUGAUAGGCUCAAAGAAGCUAAAAUUAUUCCGGAAUAAAGUAAAAAGAUAUGGGCCAUAUCUCUUAAAACUAGGACAAUUUGUAAAAGCUUCCGGUUGCCCUUCCUGCAGCCCUGGACUUUUAGGUGACGUAGUUGUUACCCCCUUUCGCAGCCGGCCUUGGGGCCGAAGAUGCACUCAUGAAUUCAUAGUUCUUUUGCUGAAAGACUCAGAUACACCCGAUAUUACAGAUUAAGUUAAAUAGAGGUGCGUGGAUUAACAAGACUAUGAAACAUUGCUUGCUUUUCUUUUUUUAAAAAAAAAAAUAAGAUUGGAAUACAAAUAUGCAAGUUUCACGAAGAUUGCUUCAGGCCGAACGUAAUGAGUGUAGGCCAUCAGGCCCCAAGAAGCUUUGCCCCCGCCAUUCAAUGAGCUCGUGGCCAAUCAUUUACCUUCCUGCAUUAACCCCACAUCCCUUCACCCCCUUAAUAUUCAAAGCCCCCUUUGACCUCUUCCUAUAAUACUCUCUGUGACUAGGCCUCCACAGAUGACACGCCCCCCCCCCCCCGACCUUGGGUAGAGAAUCCAAGCCUAUAUUUUUUUAAAGAAAUAAACGGCCUUUGAAGCUUUUGAAACAAAAAUCGCUUUGGGAUGAUGUCGACUGCUGCCGGGGUUAACAAAUAUUCUGGAACUGGAGGGAACAGCUCGUGUCUGGAGAUUUCUAUUAAAUCACAGCUAUUAGUUCCAUACAGCGUUGGUUAGUACGACAGAAACAAGCAGCAAGAUUGACCCCCAACAUGAUGUAUAGUACGGAUAAUACACUGAACCCAACAUGAUAUUACCCAAGAUUAUCCUGUUAUUUUUUUCUCUCUCUCCCUCUCUCUCUCCCUCCCUCUCUCUCUCCCUCUCUCCCUCUCUCCCUCUCUCUCUCCCUC